CAGCCGAUGAAAAUGGAGCGAAGCAGAGUGGCCGGAGAAGCACCGACCCGAACCAGGAUCUUGCUUGCGUCACUAUCUGCAAUGGUCGCAGAGACAGUUACGUUUCCAAUUGAUCUCACAAAAACCAGAAUGCAGCUCCAUGGUUCGCACCGGAUUGGCGCUAUCGGAGUCGUGUCGGAGAUUGGUAGGCAGGAAGGGAUGAUGGGUUUCUAUAAAGGUCUAUCUCCGGCGAUUAUCAGGCACCUGUUCUACACGCCUAUCAGAAUCAUUGGAUACGAGAAUUUGAAGGGCUUCAUAGUCCGAUCUGAAGGUAACAACAGCGAGUCUCUUUCUCUCGCCACAAAAGCUCUCGUCGGAGGGAUUUCUGGUGUUAUGGCUCAGGUAGUGGCUAGCCCAGCUGAUUUGGUCAAAGUGAGAAUGCAAGCAGAUGGUAGGUUGGUUAGCCAAGGCCUGAAACCGAGAUACUCGGGACCAAUCGAAGCUUUCACUAAAAUCCUACAAGCAGAGGGAGUAAAAGGGCUAUGGAAAGGUGUUCUUCCAAACAUCCAGAGAGCAUUUCUAGUGAAUAUGGGUGAACUAGCUUGCUAUGAUCAUGCCAAACACUUUGUCAUCGAGAAAAAGAUCUCUGGAGAUAACAUUUAUGCGCACACUCUUGCAUCUAUAAUGUCGGGUCUUGCUUCCACAACUCUGAGUUGUCCGGCUGAUGUGGUGAAGACGAGGAUGAUGAACCAGGGUGAGAAAGCUGUGUACAGAAAUUCUUACGAGUGUUUGGUGAAGACGGUUAGGUUUGAAGGAAUAAGAGCAUUGUGGAAAGGUUUUUUCCCGACAUGGGCAAGGCUUGGACCGUGGCAGUUCGUGUUUUGGGUCUCUUACGAGAAGUUUAGACAGCUUGCAGGUCUCUCUUCCUUCUAAACCUCUCUCAGUCUCUCUCUCUCAGAAUCUGGAAAACAAAUUUGAGGUUUGGGGUUUUCUUAUAAAUUUUUUAAGUUAAGUAGCAACUUCCUGUUAGUUUCUGAUCAGUAAGAACUAAGAAGAGUAUAGGAUUCACAUAUUUUUUUACUUUUUCAUACUCAAAUAAACAUUGACCAGUUUGGUUUGAAGGCUAAAUUUAAAUAAAUUGGUUAAUUUCCUCUUGAUUUCGGUUUUAUUGAGAUCAAUAU